AUGGCCGUCGUCGCGAUGGUGACGAGCGGCGACAGGAGGAUCUAUGCGCUUCCCGGGCAGUUGGCGGAUGUGGAGAAGAUCUUUGGGGGGGAGUAUGGGAGCGAAGAGGACGAAGAUGUAGAUGUUCCUGGCGCUAUGCAAUUACCCAACGAGCUGCUGCAGCAGAUCUACUACCACCUGUCUCCCGGAGGAUGGUGGAGCAGCAUGCUGAGCAUCCUAUCACCUAUGAGAAGAGCGUCGGCUUCGAGCCUCAGCCGUGAGGACAUCAUGAGCAAGUGGCUAGCACGGGAGUGCAACCUGUUGGGCGAACAGCACCGGUGGCAGCAUAGGCCUGCCUUUGUGGAAGUUGGACACACGGAUUUUAGUGCCGCGGUGCCUGGAAGUACGCCUGGGAAUUUGCAUGGGGCCAUGAGCUUUACUGUGAGCCUGUGUGGCAGGUUCCUGAUGGCGGUGCAUGGCCGCGUCGUCUACAUAUACGAACUGAACCAUGUGUGUUUCCCAGAGCGGUUGAUGUGGGCAUUGCCGAUUCGGCGGAGACAGGGGAUGCCGUUGGGGCUGUUAAGGCCUGUGACGAGAAUCUUGUGUCCGCGAAGAGUGAUUUCGUGCAGCAUGGAUGCGUCGGCAGAGCGAUACUCUGUGGCCUUUCUGAUGGAGGGACGCGUUGGCAUGGUGUGUGAUAUUAUGGCGGAGAGAACGGGCACGUCGAGCCCUUCGACGCCUCAGACGGAUGAGGCGCCUGCUACUGGGGAGUAUGCGGCAGACACUUCCUUUGCAUUCGCUUCUGCGAUUGCAUCUUCGUCUACCUCAGCUUCUGCUUCGGCAUCCGCAUCCUCAUCCGCAUCAGCAGCUUCGUCAUCGACGCCCUGUGUAUGCCAGAAUCGGCUGCCUUGUCUGCCUGUGCCACUGGAGGAAGGCCCGAGAUCGGUUUAUCGCAACAUCUGCCAUCCAGACGACCCUCCUCGAUCGGUGGCCAUCUGCCCCCAGAGAAAAUGCGUGGCGUUCGGAUGUUCCGCUGGGAUUGAACUGCAUUGGGUCGAUGCCAUGACUGGUCAGGAUCUCAGUAGAUGGUUCCCGCUCACAUCUCCGAGCGACUUUCUCUACUUCCUCCCGCCACGCAGGGGAGUCGACACGCCAAGAAAGCUGAGGUUAAUCAGCUCAGCUGCUGGCUUGGGUGGUCCCAUGGACUUACUCGAGGGCAUUGUCCACGGCUUCAGCACUUCGCUGUUGGGGACAGGCAGCACGGCCGUGGUGUCCUGCCUUGAUGCCGAGUCUUGGUACUUGCGGCAUGGCCGAGACGUUUAUCUAGAGGCCAGCGGAUCGAACGGCCGUGCUAAUGAAGACGACGAUGAACGUCUCCUGAGCCGUAAUGUGCCGAGAGACAGCCCUCUUCGACGCCUGGUUGCUGCUAGUGCAGAUCACUUCCGGGCAGUGCCGCUGAGCGAUGGUUACCAUAUUUUGUUUACCGAUCCUCGCACGGGGAGUCUCUGUUUGGGGACUGAUGCUCCCGUGGGAUCUCUUACUCGUCUUCUCCGAAAACUGUGGUUUCGCCCCCCUCCACAAGCACAUUCGCCUGUGCCGCUCCUGUAUACUGCUGGAGCUGAUACGCGGCAUGGUGUCCGUGUCGUAGCGACUUUUGCUGCUGGCCGACGAGGCGACGGAGACUCCAACCAGCAGCUCAUUGUGUUUUACACAGUGCCUCCCGACAUCUUUCAUGACAUACGCCGAACUGAUGGGGAAGCUCGAUCUGCCGGAUAUCGCCCCCGUGGCGACCGCGAAUUCGGUCGUCCUGAGCCGGUAUACGGCGCCAUCGACUUGCUGAGCGAUCCAUUUGGGGAUGAUUGCCCAUACCCAGUCGAGAUACAUGGACAAGUGGUGGCGGUGUGCGGCAAUCUGACCGAAAUCGCGCUCAACUCGUCCCCAGACCUGAUCAUCUGGGCAUUUGCUGCCGAGGGAUGGGCCAAAACCUGGGCGUUGAACACCGGGAGAUGUCAGUCAAAGCUGAGGUAUGCUGCUCAGCGAGAUGGCAGUAUUCGACAAGUCGAUGCGGACGGCGAUGUCCUCAUGGCCGGACGCGCUCAACCGUGGGAGCAGUCUUCGGGAUUGAGUUCGCUGGACUUCAACCUCUUUGACGGCGCACACACGAGUGACCUUGAUGAUGAAGAUCCACCAAUGGCGCAAGGACCGUAUUGCUGGGGCAAGAGAUGCCACGUCCGGGGGCAGAUUUGGGAGAUGCAGGAUGAUGUGGCUGAUGCUCUGAGCAUUGACAUGAUUGAGGAGGUGGGGAGCAUUACGCGGGUGAACGUCGAGCUCUUGUCCUAG